AACUGGGAGCCAAGGGUGGAUGCUGGAGGGGAAAAAGGGGAAGUUACAGCUUAGAGGACUAUCCAGGAAGGUAAUCAUUCUCAUAAAACAACAACGAGUGUAGUCAACAUUUCACAGGACCAGAGCAAACUCUUUUUCUUCUACCCUGGACUCUUUUGGAGCAGGAUCAAGACUGCGAGGGGAAGUACAGGAUCACUUCUCUACAGUUUUCCUGUUCUGCUUUCUUUUGGGACUGAGUUUGGAGAGUGCAGCAGGAAAGGGACUCUUAUCACCACUGGUGGAUUGUUUCCCUGAGGACUGCCAUCUUGGGGUGGAUAAGCAUUCUUUCCAACUGUGGAUUUUUGUUUGGGACAGAGUUGUUUUUACUCUCCAGCCACAGAGGGCUAGGAUUAUUUCUAAGGAUUGUGUUCAAGAUUGUGGGACUAUCUGAAGCCUAGUGUCUAGUGUAAAUCUCUAAACUCAUUUCCUAACACAUUUACCAAGAGCAAAGGUUCAUAGAGGAGAGCUGCUGUUAACUGAUGCGUCUAAUGUUGGUAUUCAGCCCAAGGCUGCUGGAUUGAGUGCUGCAUUACUGGAAGUAGAGUAGACGUCAGUGAUACAGAUAGGGACCAUAGCUGAGAGACAGAGAGCCUCAGUCACCAACCAUCUCACCUGGACGAUGUCAUCAGCAGUUACAACCACAUCAGGUGGCCUGGUGGUGGUCACCCAGGUGUUCCCGUCUAAUCAACCCCAACCCCAGGACGUUCAGCAGGCGGGUCCGGGGACGCACAGGUUCAUCCAGGCAUACCCACUGGCUGUCGGGGCAGUUCAGAUCAUGAUCGGCGCCUUGGUCCUCUUGUUAGGUAUUGUCAUGGUGGUUCAAGAUGACAAUCUUGGAGGGUUCAGUGGUUUCUUUGUGUGGGGUGCCGGCAUUUACAUCACUUCCGGUGCGCUCACAGUGGCUGCUGGGAAAUCUCUCAGUCGCUGUCUGGUCAACACUGCUUUGAGUUUCAGCGUGGUUUCCUCUGUAGCAGCAUCUGUCGCCAUCUUCCUGUACAGUCUUGAUGUUAUAGGAGUGGUCGCUCGCUGUCGGAGAUAUGACUGCAGGGUUCUGAGUUCAGGUUUUUCGGGGGUCCUGCUGGUAUUCCAUAUCUUGGAGUUUGCCGUUUCCCUCACUGUCUCUAUCUUUGCCUGUAGAGCUACCUGUAACUGCUGUAAAUACUGUGACAAUCAGCAACCUCCAUAUGUCUACUACAUGCCUGCAAAUGCUGCCAUGGCUGCCCAGGCUCCACCACAUACUGUAGCUGCCACCAUGGCUGUACCGGUGCAACAGAUUUCCAGCUUCUCUAAACCCACAGAGAACCAGGACCAGAUCCUCUCUGGACUCAGUGAACCUCCAGCCUACACGGGCUGAAGAAAAGACCUUCUUAAAAUAAAAAUCAAUGAUAACAACAUGCAAUGAACAUGUGAAUAACAUGAGAGUAAUAUGAUAAUUACAUGAGUAAAAUAUAUCAACAAAACAAACAAAAAAAAAA